GAGUCCUCCUCCUCCUCCUCAUCGUCAAGAAUCUGCAAGAAUGAAAAGGGCAAAAUCUAAAGCUCAUUUUGAACGGCUAUCAGAUGAAGCUAUUGACAAAGCGGCGGAAGAAUUUAUAAGGAAAUUUUACAAAGAACUUAGAAAGCAACAAAAUAUCAUUGAUGUGAGGUUUGAAGAAAAGGCAUAUACUGCUGGUACGAGUCAGGUGUCUCUGUCAGUGCUGAGUGUGGAAACAAAAGCUGAAAAUCCCGUCAGCGGCAAACCAGUGCAAAUAGUAGAUGAAAGCCCGAAAUUCCAGUGUAUGCAGUUAGAUGCAAAAUGUUCAGCAGAAGAGUCUCCACGUCAUAUUGUACCCAGUUGGGGAGAUUGUGCACUGCCUGUUUCAUUUCAACAACGAUCCAUCACAGAACAUGUAAACCUGAAGAGGAAAGUUGAUACUGGUCCUUCAGGUCAGGACCUUACCAUCUUUGAAUUAGGCAACAAGCAGAAAAUGAACAAGAAAUACAAAAAGACUUGGAGAAUUGGUGAUUCAGUUAGUUUAGAGGAUAUUAAAGAGCAGUUUGGAAAGAAGCGUGAAGAGGCUGCAGAAAGCCUUAAUGUUAGUAUCUCUACAUUUAAGCGAAUUUGUCGGGAACAUGGAAUCUCCCGGUGGCCGUCUUCCAAAAUAAAGAGAGAAAGGCUUUUACUCUCCAGUUUAAGCUGCAAUGGAACUGACCGAGUAGCUGCUAACACACAAAUGCGUAUAACCAAAGGCCUAACUGCAUUGGCAUCAACCUUUUCAGUCAAAUCCAAUCAGCAGAAAUCACGGAGUUCGAAUUUAUCAGUAAAUGAUGAAAAUGGUACAUCAUCAAAUGGCAAUCUUCUAGAAAAGAAUGAAAACAGUGACAGGGAAAACAUCAUGAUUCAAGUGGAAGACUCAGCGAAUCAAGAACUCGUGUACAUACCACAGGAAUUUGGACCUGCCUGUGAUAGUCUCAUCCCUGAUGUUCCCACCAUACU